CCCGGCGGCCCGCACCGCGGCGGCUAUAAGAGGGGCGGCGCUGGGGCCCGGCCCGCCUGGGAGCCGGACCGAACCGAGCCGAACCGGAGCGGAGCCGGAGCGGAGGGGAGCAGCGGGCGGCCCGGCAGAACCAUGUGAGGAACAUUGCUGGGGCAAAGGACAAACGCAGGGAGCACGGAAGUUUGCUUUUCCCAGGAUGGAUCAGAGGAAGAACUGGCCUCGGGUACUGGACUCCGACGGCUGGUCAGUGGCUUUAGUCUGUCUCUUCUUGGCAUCGCUUUCCCGGAACGUGUCCAGCAAUGCCUUGUUCAGCACCUUCCAUUCCGAGAACCGGGACUGGACUUUCAACCACCUGACUGUCCACCAAGGCACUGGAGCAGUCUAUGUUGGAGCCAUCAAUCGGGUUUACAAGCUUUCAGGUAACCUGACCAUUUUGGUGGCUCACAAAACUGGUCCUGAGGAGGACAACAAAUCCUGCUACCCGCCCCUCAUUGUCCAGCCAUGCAGCGAGAUCCUGACCCUCACCAACAAUGUCAACAAGCUGCUGAUCAUCGACUACUCUGAGAACAGGCUGCUGGCUUGCGGGAGCCUCUACCAGGGGGUCUGCAAGUUGCUGCGCCUGGAUGACCUCUUCAUCUUAGUAGAGCCAUCACACAAGAAGGAGCACUACCUCUCCAGCGUCAACAAGACAGGCACUAUGUACGGCGUGAUUGUGCGCUCAGAGGGUGAGGAUGGGAAGCUCUUCAUUGGCACGGCAGUCGAUGGGAAACAGGAUUAUUUCCCCACCCUCUCCAGCCGCAAACUUCCACGGGACCCAGAGUCAUCAGCCAUGUUGGAUUAUGAGCUGCACAGUGACUUUGUCUCCUCCCUUAUCAAAAUCCCCUCAGAUACGCUGGCCCUUGUUUCGCACUUUGACAUCUUCUAUAUCUAUGGUUUUGCCAGUGGCAAUUUUGUCUAUUUUUUGACUGUCCAGCCAGAGACUCCAGAGGGAGUCUCCAUCAACUCUGCCAGUGACCUCUUUUACACGUCUCGUAUCGUCCGUCUCUGCAAGGACGACCCCAAGUUCCAUUCCUACGUCUCUCUGCCCUUUGGCUGUGUCAAAGGGGACGCAGAAUACCGCCUCCUGCAAGCUGCUUACCUCUCAAAGCCAGGAGAUGUGCUGGCCAGGUCCCUCAAUAUCACCGCCCAGGAAGAUGUCCUCUUUGCCAUUUUCUCCAAGGGGCAGAAGCAGUACCACCAGCCACCGGAUGACUCUGCGCUCUGCGUCUUCCCUAUUCGCACUGUCAACGCGCAGAUCAAGGACCGCCUGCAGUCCUGCUAUCAGGGGGAAGGCAACCUGGAGCUGAACUGGCUGCUGGGGAAAGAUGUUCAGUGCACGAAAGCGCCGGUUCCGAUUGAUGAUAAUUUUUGUGGGCUCGACAUUAACCAGCCCCUCGGAGGCUCUACACCGGUGGACGGAGUGACGCUCUUUACCUCCAGCCGGGACCGGAUGACUUCUGUUGCUUCAUACGUCUACAAUGGCUACAGCGUGGUGUUUGUGGGGACUAAAACUGGCAAGCUGAAGAAGAUCCGAGCAGAUGGUCCUCCCCACGGUGGAAUUCAGUAUGAAAUGGUCACCGUUUUCAAGGACGGGAGCCCUAUCCUUCGAGACAUGGCCUUCUCCAUCGACCAGAAAUACCUGUACGUCAUGUCGGAACGACAGGUGUCCCGGGUGCCCGUGGAGUCCUGCGAGCAGUACACGACCUGCGGCGAGUGCCUGAGCUCGGGGGACCCGCACUGCGGCUGGUGCACGCUUCACCACAUGUGCUCGCCGAGGGACCGCUGCGAGCGGGCGGACGAGCCCAACCGAUUUGCCGCCGGCAUCGGCCAGUGCAUGAGCGUCACGGUGCAGCCCAGCAGCAUCUCCGUGUCCCAGCACAGCCUCCCGCUCAGCCUGCUGGUGAGCGACGCUCCGGACCUGUCGGCCGGCAUCACCUGCCUGUUUGGGAACCUCACGGAGGUGGAAGGUGGCGUGUCGGGCAGCCAGGUCGUGUGCGUUUCGCCGGCAGCCAAAGACGUCCCUGCCAUCCCUGUGGAUCAAGACUGGUUUGGCGUGGUGCUGCAGCUGAAAUCUCGGGAGACUGGGAAGACGUUUGUCAGCACGGAGUUCAAGUUCUACAACUGCAGUGCCCACCAGCUGUGCCUGUCCUGCGUGAACAGCGCUUUCCGCUGCCACUGGUGCAAGUACCGGAACCUCUGCACCCACGAUCCCACCACGUGUUCCUUUCAGGAAGGGCGGAUCAACGUCUCUGAGGACUGCCCGCAGCUGCUGCCCACGGAGGAGAUCCUGAUCCCGGUGGGCGAGGUGAAGCCCAUCACGCUGAAAGCCCGAAACCUGCCCCAGCCGCAGUCGGGCCAGCGCGGCUACGAGUGCGUGCUCCGCAUCCAGGGGGUGAUCCACCGCGUGCCCGCCCUGCGCUUCAACAGCUCCAGCGUCCAGUGCCAGAACAGCUCGUAUCUCUAUGAUGGGAUGGACAUAAGCAACUUAGCAGUGGACUUUGCUGUGGUCUGGAAUGGGAACUUUGUCAUUGACAACCCAGAGGAUUUGAAAGUUCACCUGUACAAGUGUGCGGCGCAGCGGGAGAGCUGCGGCCUGUGCCUCAAGGCCGAGCAGAAGUUCGAGUGCGGCUGGUGCAGCGGCGAGGCCAAGUGCACGCUGCGCCCGCACUGCAGCUCCCACGUCGCCCAGCCCUGGCUCGACUGGUCCAGCAGGAACGUCAAGUGCUCGAAUCCGCGCAUCACCGAGAUCCUGACGGUGUCGGGCCCCCCGGAAGGCGGGACGCGAGUGACCAUCCGCGGCGUGAACCUGGGCCUGGACUUCUCGGAGAUCGCCCACAACGUGCAGGUGGCCGGGGUGCCCUGCGCGCCGCUGCCGGAGCAGUACGUCGUCGCCGAACAGAUCGUGUGCGAGAUGGGGCCGGCGCUGCCGGGGGUCACCUCCGGGCCCGUGCUCCUCUGCAUCGGUGACUGCGAGCCCGAGUUCACGGCCAAGUCGGCGCAGCACUACGUGUUCGUGAACCCAGCAAUAAGUUUUCUGAAUCCCAGUCGCGGCCCGGAGUCGGGGGGCACCAUGGUGACCAUCACUGGCCAUCACCUGGGAGCUGGCAGCAGCGUGUCCGUGUCCCUGGGGAACCAGACCUGCGAGUUCUACGGGCGAUCCACGAGUGAGAUUGUGUGCGUGUCUGCCCCGUCUGCGCACGGCCUGGGCUCCGUUCACGUCUCGGUGAGCGUCGAUCGGGCUCGGCUCGAAAGGACUUUGCUGUUUGAGUACAUCGAUGAUCCAAAAGUGCAGCACAUCGAGCCUGAAUGGAGCAUUGCCAGCGGACACACGCCUCUGACAGUCACCGGGUCCAACCUGGACGUGAUCCAGGAGCCAAGGAUUCGCGUCAAGUACAACGGAAAGGAGUCUGUCAACGUCUGCAAGGUGGUGAAUGCCACCGCCCUGACGUGCCUGGCACCCGCCCUCGCCCCCGAGUACCGCCCCGGCCUGGAUGCUGUCGAGCGCCCGGACGAGUUUGGUUUCAUCUUUAACAACGUGCAGGCUCUGCUGGUCUAUAACGACACCAAGUUCAUAUACUACCCGAAUCCAGCGUUUGAGCUCCUGAGCCCUACCGGGGUACUGGAGCAGAAGCCCGGAUCGCCCAUCAUCCUCAAGGGCAAAAAUCUGUGCCCACCUGCUCCAGGAGGAGCAAAGCUGAACUACACCGUCCUGAUCGGCGAGACACCCUGCGCCGUCACUGUGUCGGAGACCCAGCUGCUGUGCGAGCCUCCCAAUCUCACCGGGCAGCACAAAGUGACGGUGCGCGUUGGCGGCAUCAUCUUCUCCCCCGGUUCGGUGAGCAUCGUCUCAGACAGCCUGCUGACCCUGCCGGCCAUCGUCAGCAUCGCGGCCGGGGGCAGCCUGCUCCUCAUCAUCGUCAUCAUCGUGCUUAUCGCCUACAAGCGCAAGUCCCGCGAGAACGACCUCACCCUCAAGAGGCUCCAGAUGCAGAUGGACAACCUGGAGUCACGGGUGGCCCUGGAGUGCAAGGAGGCUUUUGCAGAGCUGCAGACAGACAUCAAUGAAUUAACCAGCGACCUGGAUCGUUCAGGAAUCCCAUACCUCGACUAUCGGACGUAUGCGAUGAGGGUGCUUUUCCCGGGCAUCGAGGACCACCCUGUCCUACGGGAGCUGGAGGUCCAAGGCAACGGGCAGCAGAGCGUGGAGAAGGCCUUGAAGCUCUUCGCGCAGCUGAUCAACAACAAAGUGUUCCUGCUGACGUUCAUCCGCACGCUGGAGCUGCAGCGCAGCUUCUCCAUGCGCGACCGCGGCAACGUGGCCUCCCUCAUCAUGACGGGGCUGCAGGGCAAGCUGGAGUACGCCACCGACGUGCUGAAGCAGCUGCUCUCCGACCUCAUCGAGAAGAACCUGGAGAACAAGAACCACCCCAAACUGCUGCUGCGCAGGACGGAGUCGGUGGCUGAGAAGAUGCUGACCAACUGGUUUGCCUUCCUCCUGCACAAGUUCCUCAAGGAAUGUGCAGGAGAGCCCCUCUUCAUGCUCUACUGUGCCAUCAAGCAGCAGAUGGAGAAAGGCCCAAUUGAUGCUAUCACCGGAGAAGCCCGUUACUCCCUGAGUGAGGAUAAGUUGAUCCGGCAGCAAAUUGAGUACAAAACGCUGAUCCUGAACUGUGUGAACCCGGAUAAUGAGAACAGUCCAGAGAUCCCUGUGAAGGUGCUGAACUGUGAUACCAUCACUCAAGUCAAAGAGAAGAUCCUAGAUGCAGUAUACAAAAAUGUCCCAUAUUCUCAAAGGCCAAGAGCUGUGGACAUGGACUUGGAGUGGCGCCAGGGCCGGAUAGCUCGUGUGGUCCUGCAAGAUGAAGACAUCACCACCAAGAUUGAAGGUGACUGGAAACGCUUGAACACCUUGAUGCACUAUCAGGUGUCAGACCGCUCGGUGGUGGCUCUCGUUCCCAAGCAGACCUCCUCCUACAACAUUCCUGCCUCCGCCAGCAUAUCCCGCACGUCUAUCAGCAGAUACGACUCUACGUUCCGGUACACGGGCAGCCCGGACAGCCUGCGCUCCAGGGCUCCCAUGAUCACCCCGGACCUGGAGAGCGGCGUCAAAGUCUGGCACCUAGUCAAAAACCAUGACCACGGAGACCAGAAGGAAGGGGACCGGGGCAGUAAGAUGGUGUCUGAGAUCUACCUGACUAGGCUAUUAGCUACAAAGGGAACCCUGCAGAAGUUUGUGGACGACUUGUUCGAGACGUUGUUCAGCACCGUGCACCGGGGCAGCGCCCUGCCGCUGGCCAUUAAGUACAUGUUCGACUUCCUGGACGAGCAGGCGGAUAAGCACGGCAUCCAUGACACGGACGUGCGGCACACGUGGAAGAGCAAUUGCCUUCCUCUCCGCUUCUGGGUGAAUGUAAUCAAAAACCCUCAGUUCGUGUUCGACAUCCACAAAGGCAGCAUCACGGACGCCUGCCUCUCCGUGGUGGCUCAGACCUUCAUGGAUUCCUGCUCCACCUCAGAGCACCGCCUGGGCAAGGAUUCCCCCUCCAACAAGCUGCUCUACGCCAAGGACAUCCCCAGCUACAAGAGCUGGGUGGAAAGGUAUUAUGCAGACAUUGCCAAGCUCCCAGCCAUCAGCGACCAGGACAUGAACGCCUACCUCGCGGAGCAGUCGCGCCUGCACUCCGCCGAGUUCAACGUGCUGAGCGCGCUCAACGAGAUCUACUCCUACGUCAGCAAAUACAGCGAAGAGCUCAUUGGGGCUUUGGAGCAGGAUGAACAGGCACGUCGGCAGCGUCUGGCAUACAAAGUAGAACAACUUAUUGGUGCCAUGUCUAUUGAGAGCUGAAGAAAGGUGGUGGUGCUCACGGAGAAGAGCAGAGUAUUGCAAGGACUCUCGGGAAUUAAGAGCGGGAACAAGCAGGAAAGGCACUGGGGACACAAAUACCGAGGUGUUUUCUGGAGGGAGCAGACACUGGCCCAAGGACUUGCUGUGUUCAAAACCACAUCGAAUGCAGUUUGAAGAGACAGGGAAAAAAUAGACAAAGCAUCUCAAAUCAAAUCAAGAUGGAUCAAUUUUUUCAAGUAUACAUGGAAAGAAGGAACCUGGAAAGUCUGGAUGUCUCCAUGACUGCUGCUUUGCAUGAAAAUCGUUUGAUGUAUAUUAGGAAAUAAAACUUUAUUUAAAUUUUUUUUAAAAAAAAGAAAAAGGAAAAAAAAUAAAUAGAACAAAAAAACACAGAGACCACAGAGAUUAUCCUGGCAACACAGCUCAAUUCCAAUUUCUGUCUUCACGAGAUUCCCGAAAUAUGGGCUCUGACAUUCUGCGAAUUGACUCUUAAGCGAACAGGAAAGUUUGGAAAGUGGAGACUUUCUUCAUUCUGGGAUCUCGUAAAAAUAUGAGCACAAGUUUGCACCAACCCUUUUUACACAAGUAAGAUAACAGUUUAGCCAGGAAAAGGUUCAGUGGCAGAGUAAAUUAUAGGCACUAGAAGGAACUUUACCUGAACUGCAAAACCAUCAGAUCAUCCAACCUGUCUUGAAAUCCAGCUUUAUCUAUGUAUUUAUAUAGUGUCUAUAUAUAUAUAUAUAUUUUUUAAAUCCCAUUAACUGUUGAAUGAGGAAGGAUCUGAUUUUAAAUGCUUUCCCCUUCUCGUCUCUGUUCCCCCUCAGCUGGUCGCCGGCCCCGGCGCAGCGACGCUGCGAUAUUCCCCAAGAACGUCCCGGCCGUCGCGGCGCGCGGUGCCAAGGAGGUGCUGUUAAGCUGGUGUUGGUGCGUUGUAGUUUUCUGCAGGUACAAUUUGAGCGAAACCGGCUGGCUGACCUUUCCCGGUCGAGCACAGCUGGGGCGAAGCGUUUUGUUGCGUUUUGGUGGGUUGGUGGCGUUUUGUGGCAGCCACAUCUGACUUCUUGCAGUAAAAACAAACAAAAACCCAAUGUUUACAGUGAGUGAUACUUGAAAAGAUUAGACUUAGUGAGAUGAUGUAUUUAUUGCUUUUCUGUUUGACUCGCAGACGAGAGCAGAGCAGGCUCCGUUUGCCUUUUCCCGCCGGCGUUUGCAGCGUCGCCCGCGGGUCAGGCUUCGGACUUCAUCCCUGCCGGGGAGGGAGCGGGCCCUUCGCCCUCGGCGGGAGGGGAUCCCCGCCAGCGCCCCGCGUGCCCCCCGCGCUGUCCGUGUGUCUGUCUCAGCGUCCCCUUGUCGCGUUCGGUCCCCGCUGGCCCGUGCUCGUGUGGCCGGCGAAAGCCCGACGUUUGUGAGUGUCGUUCCUUGAAAAGACGCCAAAGCUCCCGUGUCCCUUCGCAGAGUGCCAGGAGGGGAAGGACCUCGUCCUUGUCCUCGUCCUCGCCGUCUCGGUGCCUUUUCCGCCGGGCUGCACCGCGCGUGCGGGAGGCUCCCCGCGGCCGGGAGCAUCGACAGCCUGCCCCGAGCUGAGACGGGGGUGUGAGGAGGGCCGCCGUGUCCCCGGAGGGCAGCCGGCCCCCGGGCUCGAGCGCGGUUGGGAGCAGAGCCAGCCACGGGGGGAGCCGCGUUUGGAGAACUACUCAGGAACCUUGUCGUCUUAAUUACCGUUCACUAAAAGCCAUGCCAAGUCCACUUGCUCCGGGUAAUCCACUUUUGUGAGGUUCUCUGGGCCCUGUUAAUAGUUGGAAGAAAUACUAAUGACCGACCUUGUGCGAUGAGCUCUUGACGCUUGCAGCAGCCCGCGUUUUCUACCUGGAGGGCUCUGAUUUACCGAGACGUGGAGAGCGCUGGCACAAAAGGAGAGGAUAUAAGAAACGGAGCUGCGUACGUACGGCCUGUUAGCAGGAGACUCCCUUUCCCUGCGCGGUGAACCUAAUUUCAAAGACAGCAAAUGUCCAAUGUCGAGAUUGCCCUAUUAAAGGCUGGCACCCCCGGGGCGAGCGCAGCGGUUGUGCAGGCGUCGCGGCGGCUCCUCGCCUGCCCACUCCUUGCUGCUCACAUUGCAGGUGGUUGUCGAGUGUCGGGUUUUGAAAUCCCCCAGAUGAUCUAAUUUUUCACAGGUCUCUCUUGCUGUCCUUCACAAAGGCCCAGCAUCUGGCUUCUGUGAAGGUUUCCACAUACGUAUUCCAGUUAGGGUCGUUGUUUUGAGUAUUCCUGUUCUCCAGUUACUCAGAUUCUUCCUCAAAUCCCUACGGUACUCCAAAACCCCCAAAGGCAAUGGGAGCCAAACAGUUCCAAAUGUUAACCUGAACCAUUUUUUUCCAUGGGAUUCCCAAAAUGUGAGUACUGCCCAAAGCAAAGACCUGCUCUCCACGGCCUGGAGGCUGGUGCCAGCUCAGCCACGCGACCCGGCCUGGGACCUGGGUCUGAUUUUCUUCACACCAGUUUGUGAGGCUGUUGCACAACUGAGUCCAGGCCCGCUUUCCUCCUCCUGGCCUCUGUCUUCGGGCAAGGAGCACCCGAAACGCAGCAUUUCGUCGCUCCCGCCUUCCCGGCGUUUCCUCGGUGCAGGCUGACGUCCCGGCGCCAGGUCCUGUCCCGGUGCAGAUGCCCCGCGUGGCCCUGGUGACACAUCUGCACCGCGCCGGUGGGGUCGGCUCGUGAGCAGGCGUUAAGAGAAUGGAGCGCGUGCAGCGUGGCGAAGCAAGGGCCCGUGUGCCAGGCGCCGAGGUGGGCCCUGGGGGGAUUUUUUGUGUGUGGCGGGAGGAAACGGAGCAGAGGAAGAGAGAAAACCAACGGGAGCACUUUGCAAAGCAGUAAGCUAUUCAAAUUUCAACUGACCUCCCCAGGGAAGCAGCAAAAACAUCUAUUCUUCCAUCUUCUGAAAGGGCAUUAGACUGAGCGGGGUGGUGCAGGGAAUGGCACGCUGCUGGCUGGAAGGGAUGGCCUAUAAAUAAUCUACCAAGUCUCUACUUAUGGUGGCUGACAUGAAUUAUAGAUCUUUACAGGCAAUUAUACGGAAUGAAGCAACAUAUCCCCUUGGGGCAAAGCCCUUGUAAUCUGCUGCCCUGCUCACAUCUGACUUCUCAGUUACUCCUUUGGGAACGGGAAGCUUCAGAUCUCCACGUGGAGUUUUCUUUGCGCUUGCCGCAAACUGGACUCGAGGGCUGGUCAGAAGCGGGCAGUGACUUUGCCUUAGAUGAAAUGGUUUCACGUCCCUCUCCUUGCCCCCUUCUCCGUGCACGGCUGGCUGGGAGAAACAGCUCGGUGUUGUGAUUCUCCAGUUCGCUUCGUUUCAGGUAUUUCGACAUCAAAGUGGGAGACGUCAUUUUCUGGGAUCUCUGUCUGGUGUUACUGCUUAAAUAAUUCCAUUUAAUCUUCUGCUCAUGAGCUAUCAAAGCAUGCGCUCCGAGGGGGAGCCAGGUGCUAAUCAAACGCUUCUCCACCUCGAAAGCCUUUAUUAAAAACCCAUAGACAAGAGCCUAACGUAUAAGCAAGCUGGUCUCGGCGUGAGCCCCACUGUAGAGCCCCACAGCGCUGCGGCCCACCAAAGCACAGAGGAGGUGGAUGGACAUCACGGUCCGUGUUUCGCCAUCGAGGACGAAUCCCUGUUUGAAAGAAGGCAGGAGAGAUCACAGCCAAACUGCUGAAGCCUUGGUGGGAUUCGGCUUGCGACAGCCCGCAGCUGCGUCAGGAGCCACCGUGAGAACCCAGCGUGGAGGAGCAAUCUACGGCCAGAGCCUCGCUGCUGGUGGGAAGCAUCCUGGGCCGAGUACGUCACGGCGGGGAGAUUAUCCGAAUAACGAACCUGGGCCUGAAUGUGUAGGAUGGCCAUCCUUGCCCGCAGGGUCUCGGUGCUGUGACGGGACAGGGGCGCCGGGGCAGCCGAGCCCUUCACCACAGCAGUGCCUUCAACACGCUGUCUUAACUCCUUGUGACCCACCCCCACUUAAAUUAGCUAGCCUACCUUUCAAUGGAUUUCACCAAAAAUACCGUAAUGUGUAACAACUUGGGUGGGUGCAUCGAGGACAAAAGCAAGAGGACUUAAACUCAAAACUCUUGGGUUGCAUCUUUGCAUGCUGCCGACUCCGAGCGACCGCGCGAGCCAUUGGAGGCCGCAUCUGGCGGUCUGGAGGGCUUCCUUCGCUUGGUAGUCACGGUGUGCACACGAGGGCUGGUUUCCAGAAGCCCUGAGCCGCCAGCAGAGACGAGGAGCAUCUCCGAGCGCGGCCUGGGAGGUGUCGAAGCCGGUGCCCACCGCGUUCGGUGCUUUAGCCCGUCCCGGCCGUCCCCGGGUCGGGCGCCGUCGGAGCUCAGCGUCGCGAGGACUCGGCUCGCCCGACUGGAGCAGGCUGCCUGGAAUAAGCCGGGACACCAGGGAAAACUCACUAGCGACCUGGAGAGAAGGCAAAAACCAUGUUCCGAGAAGGAUAUAUAACCGACACAGAAGAGGCAUUAAAAUGCCACAAAGCUUCAAUUGUUGUGUUCCAGAAUCGCACCUGAACCGUCCAGCCUGGGCCGGCGUGGCCGCGCUGUGCAUCGCUCCCUGCUCGCAAGCGACUGCAGCUGCAGCGGAGCCGGGCUGGCCGCGGUGCUCGGCAGCUCGGUGUGGACACAGCAGGUGCUUUUUUUUUAUUUAGAGGUUAAUUGGGGAAGCAAUUUGGGCGAGAGAUGUUGCUGCAGGCUCGGAAGACGCCGCCGUUCAGGCUCCGCUGGGCUCAGCAACCCUGGCUGUACGGUUUAAAUGCAGGUCACUCAAAUUAGUUUUACGGGGAAGAGAGGGGCCUCUGAGCACGGUCUGCUCCUUGCAGGAGGCUUGGUUGGAGGUCGAAGCACCCGGCAGUGCGCGGUGGCAGCUCUGUCUGGCAGCGAGGGUGCUUCAUCCCCUGCCCUCCUCCAAUUUUGCAUUAAAACUCCCUGUUUUUCUGCAGUGCUGCUGCCCAGCUGCUGCUGGGGCUGCACCUGUGGCCACACCGACCGCCCCGGUUGAGCACGAGGGACCUGCUCUGCCCGUGCUGUGAGCGCUGCAGUGUCCGUGUCUAUCCCUCCAGCCCCCUUUCCCGGCGUGUCGCCCAUUCCCUCCUUCCGUUCCUUGCAGAAGUGGAGCAUCAGGAGGAGGAAGGUCCGCAGCGGGCAGGAGGGUGCUGGUGAGGCCGGGCAGAAGGCAGGCGCACCUCGAAGAGCAGCCGUCAAAAAGCAAACCAACAUUGGCUGAUUUUGCCAAAUUGUGUCACAGGUUCAGACGAUACCGCAGUAAAAUAUCUGUCUGACAUCGAUGAGUGUUUCUAUGUUUAAUGGCACCUCGGGGCUGUUACCAGGAGUGGUGGGAAGCAGCAAGGGGAAGGGAAUACGCAGGUACUGACGUCUCUGGCAUCCCCCAAACGAGACCCCGAAGGUUUUAGAAAGUGGCGUCAUUAGUCGUGGAGCAGCUUCUCCUCUUUCCGGACCCGCUCCUUAGAAUAAAUAAAUGCCAGUUUUAAGGGAUUUGUGUGUUGGCGGGGGGAUGAGUCGCUCCGUGUCCUUGCCCGUCCCCCCUGCCCGGUCUCUGGCUCCUCCCCUCCCCGUUAUACUUGACACACUGGAGUUCUGUAUUAUAUAUUUUUUUUUAAGAUGAUUGUCUGUUUUUUUGUUGUUUUUACAAGUGUUGUGGAAAAAAAAAUGUAAGAAAGUUUAAGUAUUUAAAAAUGUUCCAAGGAAAAAAAAAGGGGGUUUUGUUAUUAUUCUAAUAUAUUAUUGUGUACCUAUUGUAAAUAUGAAACACUCCUAUUUUGCAAGCCAAGGACUCACUUUGUACUGUUGUUAUAUAUAAAUAAAGUUUACUGGUUAAAAAAACCCA